GGCGGGGCGGCGCUCUAGGCCGAGCGGGAGGUCAGGGCUGCGGGCGCUCGCUGGUGGUGGAUCCGGACGCCGCUGCGGUGGCGGGGCUCCGCGGCCGGUGUCGAAUCCAGUCGGGAGCCAUGAGCGUGGACAAGGCCGAGCUAUGCGGGUCUCUGCUCACCUGGUUGCAGACGUUCCAUGUCCCGCCCCCUUGUACCAGCCCCCAGGACCUGAGCAGUGGCCUCGCAGUAGCCUAUGUGCUGAACCAGAUAGACCCUUCCUGGUUCAACGAGGCAUGGCUCCAGGGCAUCUCAGACGACCCAGAUCCCAACCGGAGGCUGAAGGUCAACAAUCUGAAGACAAUUUUACAAAGCCUGGUGGAAUACUCCCAGGAUGUCCUGGGGCAUCCCAUUUUGGAGCAGCACCUUCCAGAUGUGAGCCUCAUUGGCGAGUUCUCAAACCCAGAAGAGCUUGGCAAGCUGCUUCAGCUGGUGCUGGGCUGUGCCAUCAGUUGCGAGAAAAAGCAGGAGCACAUCCAGAGAAUCAUGACGCUAGAGGAAUCUGUUCAGCAUGUGGUGAUGGAAGCCAUCCAGGAGCUCAUGACCAAAGAUACAUCUGACUCCCUGUCACCGGAAACAUAUGGGAACUUUGAUAGCCAGUCCCGCAGGUACUACUUCCUAAGUGAGGAGGCUGACGAGGGGGACGAGCUGCGGCAGCGCUGUCUGGACUUGGAGCGGCAGCUGGUACUCCUGUCAGAGGAGAAGCAGAGCCUGGCUCAGGAAAAUGCGGUGCUGAGGGAGCGGGUGGGCCGGUCCGAGGGUGAGGGUGCCACCGGCCUCACCGCCAAGAAGCUGCUGCUGCUGCAGUCCCAGCUGGAGCAGCUGCAGGAGGAGAACUUCAGGCUGGAGAGUGGCAGGGAAGACGAGCGCAUGCGCUGUGCCGAGCUUGAACGGGAGGUCGCUGAGCUGCAACAGCGGAACCAGGCGCUGACCAGCCUGGCCCAGGAGGCGCAGGCCCUGAAGGAUGAGAUGGAUGAGCUCCGGCAGUCCUCGGAGCGCGCUGGGCAGCUGGAGGCCACGCUGAGCAGCUGCCGGCGCCGCCUGGGCGAGCUGAGGGAGCUGCGGCGGCAGGUGCGGCAGCUGGAGGAGUGCAAUGCUGGCCACGCCGAGCGCACACGGCAGCUGGAGGACGAGCUGCGCCGGGCUGGCUCCCUGCGUGCCCAGCUAGAGGCGCAGCGGCGGCAGGUUCAGGAACUGCAGGGUCAGCGGCAGGAGGAGGCCAUGAAGGCCGAGAAAUGGCUAUUCGAGUGCCGCAAUCUGGAGGAGAAGUAUGAGUCGGUGACAAAGGAGAAGGAGCGGCUGUUGGCAGAGCGGGACUCCCUGCGGGAGGCUAAUGAGGAGCUGCGCUGUGCCCAGAUGCAGCCUCGGGGUCUGACCCAGGCCGACCCCUCACUGGAUCCCACCUCACCGGCUGUGGAAAACUUAGCAGCCGAGAUCCUACCUGCAGAGCUCAGGGAGACGCUCCUGCGGCUUCAGCUGGAGAACAAGCGCCUGUGCCAGCAGGAGGCGGCCGACCGGGAGCGGCAGGAGGAGCUGCAGCGCCACCUGGAGGAGGCCAACCGCGCGCGCCACGGCCUGGAGACGCAGCACCGGCUGAACCAGCAGCAGCUGUCGGAGCUGCGGGCCCAGGUGGAGGACCUGCAGAAGGCCCUGCAGGAGCAGGGGGGCAAGACUGAGGACUCAACCCUGCUGAAGAGGAAGCUGGAGGAACAUCUGCAGAAGCUGCAUGAGGCGGAUCUGGAGCUGCAGCGGAAGCGUGAGUACAUCGAGGAGCUGGAGCCUCCAGCCGACAGCAGCACAGCCCGGCGUAUCGAGGAGCUGCAGCACAGCCUGCAGAAGAAGGACGCAGACCUGCGGGCCAUGGAGGAGCGGUACCGUCGCUAUGUGGACAAGGCGCGCACAGUCAUACAGACCCUGGAACCCAAGCAGCGGCCACCUGGAGGGGCUCCUCCAGACCUCCACACCCUGAGGACACAGCUCCGGGAGCGUGAUGUCCACAUCCGGCACCUGGAGCAGAUGGACUUUGAGAAGAGUCGAAGUCAGAGGGAACAGGAAGAAAGGCUUCUCAUCAGUGCCUGGUACAAUAUGGGCAUGGCUCUGCAGCAGCGAGCUGGGGAAGAGCGGGCACCUGCCCAUGCCCAGUCGUUCCUGGCACAGCAGCGGCUGGCCACCAAUGCUCGCCGUGGACCCCUGGGACGCCUAGCAUCCCUGAACAUGCGCCCCACUGACAAGCACUGAUGGAUCUCAGGAUCCUGACACCUGCCCAGCCAGUCAGGGCUUAAUCCACCCUGGAUUCCCCCAACUCACACGGGGCCCCGCAUUAUGCCUCAGCCAGUUGCUUGAGAACCUUGCAGUCACAAUCUCUGCCCUUUCCUCUCCCAGGUGGGACGAGAGCGCAGGAUGAGGUGGGAGGCAGGAAUGGGCCUAUUCUUUUUAGCAAUGUGAUUCUUAUUCUUGAUUUUCUCCCUGGGGUUAGUGAGCUGCCAGGGGAGAGAGUGAUUUUAUAUUUGAGAAGAAAAAUAAUAAAGACUUUCAGUCUGACCUGGCUGGACUCUGGGCACUGAGGGGAGGGAGAGAAGGUGGGCCAAGGGCUCAGAUCAUUGCUUUUAAGAAGAGCGUGGCUUGCGUUCUUACUAAAGUGUGAGUGACUGAUAGCGCCCAGUGAGAAGUUCGAAUCAUGUUUGUAUCUGUGUAACUGUAUGUGUGUGUGUGGUGGCUUUGGAAGAAGCUUCAGACAAAAAUCCCUACCUUAGGAAGCUGUCAAUUCCAAUGAAGGGAGACAGAUAAUAAGUAAAAUAGAUAAAAUAAAUAUUUGAUGUGAGAAGUGCUACAGAGAAAAAUGAAGCAGACAAAAGUCAUAGGGAUGCAGGAAGUGGAUUUGGGAGAUGUUGAUUUUUAAUAAAAGGCCAGGAAAGGAGGCCUCACCAAGGAAGUGACAUAAUUUAAGCAGAAACCUGAAGGAGGUGAAGGAGAGGCUGUGUAGGCAUCUGGGGAAGAGUGAUCCAGGCAGAGGGAAUAGUAUGUGCAAAGGCCCUGAGAGGAAACCUUGCUCGGUGGGUUAGAGGAACAGUGAGGAGGCCAGUGUGGCUGGAGUGGAGUGAAUGAGGGGAAAAGCAGGAGUCUAGAGCAGGGAGACUGUUCAGGGCCUUGUGGGGUAUGUGGAGUACUUUAGUGUUUAUUUUGUUUUGUUUUGUUUUUAACUAUUUGGCUAAGCUGGGUCUUAGUUGCAGCACACGAAAUCUUUCAUUGUGGCAGGUGAACUCUUAGUUGCAGCAUGUGGGAUCUAGUUCCCUGACCAGGGAUCGAACCUUGGCUCCCUGCAUUGGGAAUGUGGAGCCUUAGCCACUGGACCACCAGGGAAGUCCCAGUACUUUAGCUUUUAUUCUAAGUGAAGUGGGAGCCACAGAGGGUUCUAAGCAAAGAAGUGACCUGACCCGAUUCAGGUGUUCAUAGGGGAAACUCCCUGGUGGUCCAGUGUAAGACUCUGCACUCCCAAUGCAGGGGGCCCGGGUUUGAUCCCUGGUCAGGGAACUGGAUCCCCCAUGCAUGCUGCAACUAAGAGUCCACAUGCCACAACUAAAUAUGCUGCAACAAAGAUCCUGCAUGCCACAACUAAGACCUGGCACAGCCAAAAUAAACACAUAAAUAAAUAUUUUUUUUAAAAAGUGUUCAUAGGAUCCCUUUGGCUUCUGUGGGAGGAAGAGCCUGUGGAGGUGUUAGGGCCAGAGCUGAGAGACCAGGCCACUAGUCCAGGUGAGUGGUUGGGUGAUAGUGAAGGCUCUAGCCAGAGUGUGGACCCUGGAGGAAUGGGAAAUGAUUGGAUUCUGGAUACAGUUUGAAGACUAAGCUGAUGGGAUUUUCUAGUGGGUUGAUAAGGAGGGGGGAUGAGAGAGAGGAGUUGAAGAUGACUUCCAGGUUUUGUCCUCAUCAUUUGGAAGGACAAAACUGUCAGGGGGGGACUUUCUUGGUAGUCCA